UCACCUGCUGGGACGAAGACAAAGCAUUUCAACGCUGCACAAUGCAUUGUCACCGCUGCGCGCUCUUCUUAGAUUUCCUAGCGGUUUCAGCUUCUAGCGUUCGCCAUCGGAAUACCAACGUUCUGCAAUCGAACGUCUUGCUCGAUUUGCACGGUCCGGUCCAUCCCAAUAAACCCAGGUCGCAGGAAUCGGAAUAUAACCAUGCCCAUAUACCAUGGUAUGUACAGCCAGCAGCAACUGCAUGAUCUUGUCAGCGCUCCACAGUCUCGGAGGUACAGGUACCUGUCAGCGGCGCAGAUUGUUGAUCUUGCAUCCAUCGUCACACAGUCGCCGAUCCAGCGCACUCAGAGCGACAGGACGGACGGAGCGGAGGCCUGCGGAGCCUUGCGAAAGCCUAUGAAUCAGUUUCUCCGUGACGCAAAGGUGCGGACAUCGCUCUGCAAACUGCACGACAGACUGAGCGAGCUGGCAGUGGUCAGUCUUUGGGAAAGACUUCGAGAGGAUAUUGACCGCGAAUUGAAGGAGACAUGGAUGCCAAUGCUGCAUGAUGAUCGCUUGUCGUCACUACACGCCCAAUAUGUCUGCCGAUUGCUGAGGUACCCAUGGUAUACAGGAGCGCGCGAUUGCGCUGCUUGUUCGCUGGGUCAGCUGGGCGGUGACACGGAAUUGUUGUUGGCAAUGGGAGCUGUCACCAUUGCUACACUGCCGCCUAAGCACUGGAAGCAGAGCAGGCGUAGCUUCUUCCUGGAGUACCUGCUGCAAGAAUGUGUGGAUCCACUCGAUGCGGAGAAUGUGAAGCAAAAGAUGUUCAAUGUCGGCGAAGCGUUUCGCAUGAUGCGUCAGGCAUCACGGCGUCCAUCGACAACUGGUGGCAAUCGGUCUAACAUCGAUUAUGCCACCGUGAACUACCAGCAUAGGGCCAAAAGCUGUGAGCAAACCGCGCCUGUGCGGACUGCUCCCAACGAGCAACUCCCACACGUCCACUACGGACGCCAGAGCAAAGCGAUCAUGUGGAGAUUGCAAGGCGAAUAUUGCUACUACGACGUUAAUUAUGGGCCGUACAUAAUGGCACAGUAAUGAUAUGUCUCCCGCCACCAGGUCAUUCUGAAUUUAUAUAGCAUUAGAGCAUACCAGUCACAGUGCUUGUCGGAGACGACGUAGAAAAAUAUGCAGUCAUUCUCUGCCAAAAACCCAUUGUUCCAACCGUCCUUGCCACGUUCGCC